GUGAGUAAUAAGGGUGUUGGGAGAGAGAGAGAGUGAUAGAUCUGUAUUUUGCUAUGUUGACAUGCAGAAGACAGAUGUGAAUGUGUCAUUCCCUGAGAACUGCUUGUCAUAUCCUAAAGGAAGGUCCCAGGGUCACUGAGCAAACAUCUGAUCCGGUACACACGAAGGAGUGAUACUACACAUCCCCAUGGCUCCAAUCAACAUAGACCUGCAAGGCUGGGAUGCAGCGGGGUCAUCGGGGGUCACAGUGCUAUCUCUGCUCAUCCUCUUCACACUCGCUAUCCUCGUCCUCACGCUCUGCGCCAGUUGUCGGAAGCAGUCUUUUGAGCUAGAGGGUGCCAAGGUGCAAAGGAACUCAUCAUCGCUGGUUCGUGUGGUAAAAUUGGAGGAAGCUGUUGAGGGUACACAGAACCCAAGAGCUGACGAUAUCCAGACAGAUGAAAUAGAUUUAACACCAAUACCAGAGGAUGGCGCUAUGGCCGGUCCCCUAGAGUGGAGGAGUCACACUCAUAAAGGUCCUGAUCUAGAUAAAGUUCUUGGCAAUGGAACCUCUGGCGGAGUGACUGUGAAUGCUUCAACUCCUCAGUUCAACAUGGGUAUUUGAGAUAGAGAUAUGCUAAUGGUACCGCCAUACAUAAAACUCAGUCUACCCCGCCUUUCUCAAGGGUCCUGGAGUUGACAACAAGUUCACAAUCUGCUCUUACAACCAAUGAAGAACAAAACAGAAAUACUCCAGUGGCACCCGAAAAUCCUAUUAAUUUGGACCAUUAUCAAAGCAAACAUACUUAUAUGACCAUAGAAGACCAAAAUACUCACCUAACACACACUUAUAUGACCAUAGAAGAGAUGAAACAUGAUGUACAAGGGCAUACUGAGAAUGAGGACAGUGUUAAAGUGAAUCCCUAUGCAACUUUUCAGUCAAUCAAUGGCAGCUGGCAUCAAGAAGAGACAGCAGGUCCGUCCAUUAUCACUUUGGAAGAAGACAUGGAGGACUCUGUUAAUGGUCAAGCUACAAACAUUACAUAUGCUAGGGUUAGCAAGAAAAUCAAGUCCACCACCCUACCACCAACAGCACCUUCAGAUGAUAAUGAAGAAGAAGAUGAUCCUGCUCCACCGUUGCCAGAUAGAACUGAAACAAUGGAAGAAAUUUCCACAAUAAUGCUUUAACA